AUGAUGAACUUAAUGAUAUUGAGAGUAGUGAUACAGAAAUAAAUGUUCUGAGAACUGAAGAAGCGAAUAAUGUUAUUACAAGAUUGUUGCAAGUAGUCCCAGAAGAAGCUGCAGUUGGAACAUCCAAGCUAGAAUCAUUUUGGCCAUCAAUAGUGAAUGCAUGUACAAGUAUAAACGAUAGUGAUAAUACAAAAAAUGAAUUCAAAAGUAAUGAGUAUAGUGAGAUCGAGAAAGCUCGCCUUUAUACAAUGUUAUCUUAUUUGCAUCUUGUGGAACAUAGCCGAAAGAGAGUUGAGGCAAGUACUAUUGUAGCAGAAGCAGCUAGGAAAGGUAUUUAUCAUGCCUGUUGCAUACGUGCAUGGGCAACAAAUUAUAUUCAGAAUGGUGCAAUUCUGAUUUCAAAACAAGGCAAAUAUUCAAAAACCUGGAGCUUUUUGUGGGAUGAAGAUAUUUUGAUAUAG